AUGAACCCCUUAUCACAGCAACAUAGUGUAGCUAGUAUUGGAAGCUUGUUGGGCAAUUUGCCUUUACAAGGAGAUUCAAGUUUACAACAAAAAACUCCACUUAUCCCUGGGGGUUCAGUCAAUCUUAACUUACAUGCAUCUGACAAUGCCGCCAGUAUUCCAGGCAGAACACCUUGUACUCCGCUCACUUUAUCCACCCCGUUGCAAGACCGAGAUGGUGCAAUCCCGGUACCCCAAUUACAGAAUAUUGUAUGUACCGUAUAUUUAGGAUGUAAAUUAAAUUUGAAGAAUAUAGCACUUAGUGCUCGAAAUGCUGAAUAUAAUCCAAAACGUUUUGCUGCAGUUAUAAUGCGUAUACGUGAACCUCGAACAACUGCUUUAAUUUUUUCUUCUGGUAAAAUGGUGUGUACAGGUGCAAAAAGUGAAGAGCAAGCAAGACUAGCUGCAAGAAAAUAUGCUCGUAUUAUUCAAAGGCUUGGAUUUGAAGCUCAUUUCAAAGAGUUCAAAAUUCAAAAUAUGGUUGGUUCAUGUGAUGUCCGCUUUCAUAUACGUCUUGAAGGUUUAGUAUUGUCACAAGGUCAAUUUGCAACAUAUGAGCCAGAAUUAUUCCCUGGGUUAAUUUAUCGUAUGACUAAACCAAAGAUAGUCUUAUUAGUCUUUGUUUCUGGGAAGAUUGUUUUAACAGGAGCAAAGGUUCGUGAAGAAAUUUAUGAAGCUUUUAAUAACAUUUAUCCAAUUUUGAAAAAUUUUAAAAAAUCUGACAAAGAUCCUAGAGCUCUCACAUCAUCAUCAAAUUAUAUGCACCCAUUAACUUGA